CAAGUGUGUGAGAAUCAUAACAAUAUGAGUACAAGGGGGAGUUUUUUAUAUGGAGGAGGAGGAGGAGGAGGAGGAGGUCCUUCUCCUUCUGUUCUUGCACCCGAUUCUUCUUCACUCUAUGGGAGAAGUAGAAUUUCUUCUUCUUCUAACGUGUUAGAUCAGCAGCAGCAGCAUACGCAGAUGCCCAUGAACGCUUUCCAUCAUUAUCUUCAUCAUCAUCAUCAUCAUCAUCAAUCUGGCGUGUGUUUUCCAUCCAACGCUCCUCCGGUCGUUAAGACCGAAGCCCGUGGCGAAGCUGAGGCCAUUAAGGCUAAGAUCGUUGCUCACCCUCAGUAUUCAAACUUAUUGGAAGCUUACAUGGAAUGUCAAAAGAUAGGAGCUCCACCUGAAGUGGUGGCUAAGCUUACGGCUGUUCUUCGGGAAUUCGAAACGCGGCAACGAUCAUACGUUAUUAACAGAGACUCUUCUUCAACGGACCCGGAACUCGAUCAAUUCAUGGAAGCCUAUUACGAUAUGUUGGUGAAGUAUAGGGAGGAGCUGAUGAAGCCUAUACAAGAAGCGAUGGAGUUCAUGCAGAGGGUCGAGGCGCAGCUUACUACGCUCACUCAUGGCCCUGUACGGAUAUUAACCUCAGAUGAGAAGUGUGAAGGUGUGGGCUCAUCUGAAGAAGAUCAAGACAACAGUGGAGGAGAAAUGGAGACCCCUGAGAUCGAUCCACGUUCUGAAGAUAGGGAAUUAAAGAAUCACCUUUUGAAGAAGUAUAGUGGCUACUUAAGCAGCCUCAAGCAGGAGCUUUCUAAGAAAAAAAAGAAAGGGAAACUUCCAAAGGAUGCCAGACAAAAGCUGCUCAAUUGGUGGGAACUACACUAUAAAUGGCCAUAUCCAUCGGAGACGGAGAAAGUUGCGUUGGCAGAAUCGACUGGUUUGGAUCAGAAGCAAAUCAAUAACUGGUUCAUAAAUCAGAGAAAACGACACUGGAAACCAUCGGAAGACAUGCAAUUUGUGGUUAUGGAUGGGCUACAUAGCCAGAAUGCAGCAGCUCUGUAUAUGGAGAGUCAUUUCAUGAGCGAUGGUGGUUACCGUUUGGGCCCAUGAUGAUCACCAGCAGAAGAGGUAAGGGAAAUGAUCAUUU